AUGACUACAGCAUCGAUAAACUCUGUGACACGGCAAAUCGCCGCUCUCGAGAUUUCCAACAAGAAACAAGGAGGAGGGAUUAGCAGCUCCUCAUCGUCAUCAUCUUCCUUCCGACCAGGACACACGAAGCAACCCAGCGGCACGAACGUAGCAAAACUUCUCACUAAAUUCAGCGCUCCCAAUCCCUACACCAACUCGUCUAAACCGACCGCUUCGUCCUCAUUGCGAAACCUAAACCAAAACCAGGCUUCUGGAACCUCGUCGUCGUCGUCGUCGUCGUCGUCGUCGCAGCAAUCGUCCAAGUCGUCCUCGAGAAGCCAGACCACGCAGCCGCUUGAUAUCGGAAGCUAUGACGGGGGUUUGGAAACCGAGAACGAGAAGCGAGGGGAGAAAGUGUACGGCGAAGCCGCUCAAGACCUCGCAUUAGACUCUAGCGUCAAUGGGAAAAACCCCACCCGCGAAUGGACGCUGCACGACUUUGAAAUGGGGCGUCCCCUGGGCAAAGGCAAAUUCGGGCGCGUCUACAUGGUCCGCACCAAAUGCGAACCGCGGUACAUCCUCGCCCUCAAAACCCUCUACAAAUCCGAGAUCGUCCAGUCCCGCGUCGAGAAGCAGAUCCGUCGUGAAAUUGAAAUCCAGCAGAACUUGCGACACCCGAACGUACUCCGGUUGUAUGGCUACUUCCACGACGAGAAGCGUAUCUUUUUGAUGUUGGAGUUUGCUGGGAAGGGAGAGUUGUACAAGCAAUUGUCCAAGUAUGGUCAUUUCUCGGAGCGGAGGAGUGCGAGGUAUAUCUAUCAGAUGGCGGAUGCGUUGAUUUAUCUGCAUAGCAAGCACGUUAUUCAUCGGGAUAUCAAGCCGGAGAACUUGCUGCUUGGGAUUAAUGGCGAGCUGAAGAUUGGAGAUUUUGGGUGGAGUGUGCAUGCGCCGGGGAAUAGGAGGAUGACGCUGUGUGGGACGUUGGAUUAUUUGCCGCCGGAGAUGGUGGAGGGGAAGGAGCAUAGUGAGCGGGUGGAUUAUUGGGCGCUGGGUGUUCUCACUUAUGAGUUCUUGGUUGGUGCUCCGCCGUUUGAAGAUAAGAACAGUGUGAAUAAUACCUAUCGCCGUAUUGCGAGAGUCGAUCUCAAGUUCCCUUCCUACCUCUCUCCUGAAGUCAAGGACCUCAUUGCCAAGCUCCUGCAACACGACCCUUCCAAACGUCUUGCUCUGACCGAAGUCAUCCGUCAUCCCUGGCUCAUCAAGCACCGCGCUAUCCCGACCUCAUAA